UUCGAUAAUUUUUUGUUCAAAACAUUUAAACAAUUGCAUUAAUUGUAUUCCUGCUUUUCACAAUUAUUGAUUUCUAUAUUUAAAAAAUAUAGAAGUGUUUGUGUUGUGAAUGUAGAAAUUUUAUUAACAAAAUUAUGUUCUCCAAGUAUCUUUGGUUAUUUCCAUUAUUCGUAUCUACAUAUUUUCUAUACUCGCAUGAUUACCUGAACAAAAUCAAAUUUGAUGAUUUUAUGCAGAAAGGAAUAAAUAUUAUUGGUAAUAUUUAUUCCAGUUUGGAUAGAAACCCGAAUACAAUUUCAGAAACUAAUGUGGGCCACAAAGUAUUUACACAAAAUGAACUAAAAAAAUAUAUAAACUUGGAAGAUGGUUUAUAUAUUUCAAUAUUAGGUCAAGUUUUUGAUGUUACUAAAGGUGCAAAACAUUAUGGACCUGGAGCAAGUUAUCACGUCUUCACUGGUCGAGAUGCAUCAUUAGCUUUUAUCACAGGAGAAUUUAAUGACAAAGGCUUAACAGAUGAUGUGUCUUCAUUAUCUUUGCAACAAAUCAAAGCAUUAAAUGAUUGGGUAAACUUUUAUAAAAACAACUAUAUUUACAAAGGCAAACUAAGUGGCAGACACUACCAUGAGGAUGGUAGCCCAACCGAAGAAUCAUAUAAUAUAAAAAGAAUGUUAAAACAGGCUAAGGAAGUCGAAUUCCAAGAGGAGCAUAGGAAAAGAAUGUUUCCUCCAUGUAACAUAGAAUGGAAUCCAAAUUCUGGAACUAUAGUUUGGUGUUCUAAGAAGAGUGGGGGAAUAGCAAGAGAUUGGGUUGGUGUACCAAGAAUGUUAUUUGAAUCUCCUAAUUCACAACAAUCUAGGUGUGCAUGUGUUAAUCUUGAUAGUAAAGAGUAUGAGGAAACCAAGGGUAUGCUCAGAGAAUAUGUUGGUUGCAAUGAACUUUCAAUAAAAUGCACUGUAAGGAUAGGUAACACAUAACAAAAAAAUAGUAUUAUUGCAAUUAGUAUUAUUUCAAUAUUUCAUUAUUCCAUUCCAUGUAAAUAUGUACUUGAUUUUAUUAUAUUUUAUAUUAUGCCUUCAUGAAAGUAUAUAUUUUGAUACUAUAAAUACAAUUGUACAUCAUUCACGAUACAAAAUAUAGUAUAUUUAUAGGAAAUACA